CAUCAUGAAGCAGCCAUUUGGACCCACUGGACAAGCAAACGUCUGCACAAGAAAGAUGUUUUAUAAAUCUGAGAGGAUUCAUAUGGCAGAAAACUAUAAUAAAUCAACUGUCACUUUUGGAAAAGCAACUCAAAUAGAAAAAGCUAAACAUGAAAAUUUUAGCCUCAAUAUGUACCAACAAACCUACACAAGAGAGAAACUUUAUAAGUACCUUAGGUAUGUUGAACCUGUCAUUCACCAGUCACAUCCUGCAAUAAAUCAGAGAUUAAAUACAAGGGAAAAACUCUACACAUGUAAACCUUGUGGAAAAUCAAUCAGUUUUAAUUCACCUUAUGAAUGUAAUGACUGCGGAAAAGCUUUUGGGCAAAAGUCAGUCCUCAGGAAACAUCAACAGAUUCACACAGGGGAGAAACCUCAUAAAUGUAAUGACUGUGGAAAAGCCUUUGGACGAAAGUCAAACCUCAUAAUGCACCAGAGAAUUCACACAGGGGAGAAACCUCAUAAAUGUAAUGACUGUGGAAAAGCCUUUGGGCAAAAGUCAAACCUCAUAAUGCACCAGCGAAUUCACACAGGGGAGAAACCUCAUAAAUGUAAUGACUGUGGAAAAGCCUUUGGACGAAAGUCAAACCUCAUCAUACACCAGCGAAUUCACACAGGGGAGAAACCUCAUAAAUGUAAUGACUGUGGAAAAGCCUUUGGACGAAAGUCAGACCUCAUCAUACACCAGCGAAUUCACACAGGGGAGAAACCUCAUAAAUGUAAUGACUGUGGAAAAGCCUUUGGACGAAAGUCAGACCUCAUCAUACACCAGCGAAUUCACACAGGGGAGAAACCUCAUGAAUGUAAUGACUGUGGAAAAGCCUUUGGACGAAAAUCAGCCCUCAUCAAACACCAGCAAAUUCACAUGGGACAGAAACCUCAUGAAUGUAAUGACUGUGGAAAAGCCUUUGGAUGA